CAGCAAUCACAGCUCAACACCACAUGAAGUAGAAAAUGGCAUCGCCAUCUGAUUGAAUCUACCGAUGCGAGCACACAAUAAGGCCUUCACUGCCUUAAUUCACAUUCACAGGCCUUAGCGACACAAAGGUCUCACAAGAUGGGCUCGGCAGCGCCUGCGAGGGCCGACUUCGAUGAGCAGUUGUCUCCUCGGCAGACGGCCUCCGCGGCGGAAACCGCGAUACAGCCGGUCACUGAUGGCGCAGAACCAAAUAACUCGCUUGGGUCACUCGACUUGCGCGCAGACCCCGACGCGCAAGCAACAGUCACCGACUUCCUCGACUUCACCGAAUACCUCCCGUCCGAUAUGAUACGCUCCCUCACCUUAGUCGGAAAACUCAACCAGACAUACAGCGACUCCUCUGCUAAUGUCCACGCCCUGACUUCCAAAUGGGGCCAACUGCCAAGCAUCCCCCCCGAGGAGAGGCCAACCCCAGCCCAGCUGCGUUCUGAGAUAUCCGAGAACUUGAGCCAGGCUGUGGGCUCUCGAAUCUAUGCACAUGCUGAGGCUGUGCGCAUGGCUGAAAAUGUCAACCGCCACUACAACCGUGCAAAAACCAUCCUUGCGAAGCUCCAGACGAUGCUGGAGAAUUACCCCCCACCGGAGGAGCAGAGGAGCCCUGUGGCUGCCAACAAGUCGCCCCAGGUGGCUCGUGCACCCAAGAUCACCCUUCGACUGGAAAACCAGAAGGUUCGGCGGCCACGAGUGCCGAGGAUUACGGUUCCGGGAGAGGUUCUGGCACCGUAUGACCUUAAUUACGAAACCUUGGGCAGUGAAAGCGAAACUAGCUCCGGGGAAGAGGAAGAAGACGGGACCCCGCAUCCCUCACGCCCAUAUAUGGCUACCCAGCCACGCAUCAAACUCGUCAAGACCCCUAAAACGCCCAAGGUUUUCAAGACACCCAAGAGCGGAACCUCUGUCCCUUAUCCCAAUAUGCCUGGUCCAGGGAUUUCGAGCACUACUGCGCUGGCACAGUUGCAACCACCUCCGGAAGAUGCAGUCCUUGGAAGUCCGGACGCGCCGUGGUUGCAACUUACCGUGUAUGAAUUAGCGAAGCUGAGGAAGCGCAUGAAGAAGAACGCUGCCUGGGCUCCUAGUGACACCAUGAUCGCCCGGGAGCUGAAGACUCUGGGUCGCGGUGUCGAAGCAUACAAGGCAGCCAAGCAGACAGCAAAGGAGGAAGGGAACGAUUUCGAGGACGGCAUCCCUACUCCAGUCCUGGAUGCUGAAACGGGAGUCGAGCGCAUGCCACCCGGCGCUCUCAGCAUGGAGACCAUAAAUGCUGAAGAAAAGAAGCCCAAAAACCGAAGGGUUAAGAAGCCAAAGGAGCCGAAGGACUCGGAACGAGACCAGCUUGCGAAACUUGCCGCUGAGGAGGCUGAGGAAUCGGCUAGGAAGAUGGCCGACCUUGCUCGGACAAUCUACCCGGCUUCCCACCCCCCUAUGCAAGACCAAGCCGCAAGGUUGACGCCUAAAGCCAAGUCGAGGAAGCGGAAGAGAGACUCGGUCACAGAGGCCGAGGCUGAGAAGCCCGAGAUGAUCGAGCCGUCCUCUCAAAGGCCACCGUCCAAGCGAACCAAGACUGAGACUCCCGUACCUCCCCCUCGUCUGACACCCAGCACCACCGCCGCCCAAGAGACUCCCGUUCCGCAGCCACAGCUCACUCCCGGGGGUACUGCCGUGGCCCCGCAUUCUACGACCCCCAUUCCCUUGCCUGUUCCUGGCCAGGACCAAAGGUCGGCAACCCCACCAGUCCCAAGUCCAGGCGACGCCACCGCACCUAAUGCCGCCACAAUGACCGUCCCCGUGAAGCCUGCCGCGGAAGGCUCUACCCCACGCCCUGUGCUAUCUCGCAAAAAAUCCGCCACCCCGAUCCUCCCUCCCGUACGGGAGACUAGGAAAACUCUCGCCGUACGCAGGCAGGAACAACAGCAACAACAGAACGAUGAACCCGCCCCAUCGUCCCGGCCCGUGACACCUGCUCCACGGACGCCGAUGCCCGACCUCGAGGCACAAUCGGUUGCACCCACAACGACACGGCGGCCAGCUUCCCGUGGAAAGGCCGCGAGUCAGGAACCUCAGCCGUCUCUUGCUGCGGACCGUCCCCGUCGCACUAGUACCGCGCGGAACACCCCAGCACCCGAGCGGCAGCAGGAGCCCACCUCGCGGCCGGCCAGCAGGCGUGCCAAGCGGCCCGCACCCGGAGUGAUUAGUAGGACAAACUCCGGGGGGAGCAGCGCGGUAGGCAAGCGCAAGGCGGCCCCGAGGAAGAAGAGCGCCAGGGGGCCGUCCAAGAAGGCCGCCGGCGGGGGCGCCGGCGAUGUCCUCGAGGUGGAGGUGGAUGACGAGGGGAAUGUCAUCGAUGCCGACGAGCCAAAGUACUGUCACUGCAACCGUGUCAGCUUCGGAACUAUGAUUCAGUGCGACAAUGUUGAUAAUUGUAAACAGGAGUGGUUCCACCUCGAGUGUGUGGGCCUAGCCGAUGUCCCUGCACGCACCACGAAGUGGUAUUGCCGCGAGUGCCGCGUCUUGCUCAACAUCGGAGAGAAGGGUGAAGUUAAUGCGAGAGGCGUUCGGAUGUGAAUGGGCUGAAAUAUCAAAUACCGGUCAUUGGCUUGAGGCGAGACUAGGGCACAGAGAUACAACCACGGAUGGGAUAAUGGGAUGUUUCGCCGUGGCGUAUUGGAGGCAUUGGUAACCUUACUCUGCUCGAGCUGCCAGGUUGGUGCAGCUCGGUAUAUCUUUACGACGGGACCGUUCGACGAGGAAUGAAUUCGCGUUGCUGUUGUUAUAUUGUUAGACCCUCUAUACACUUUUUCUGACUGCUAACUUGGCUUUCUCUCUGAGCUCAGCUUGCCUGGCCGGUUACCAAAGUGAAAGGGAGCAAGGUGAUAACGUAUUGACA